CUCUCUCUCUCUCUCUCUCUCUCUCUCUCUCUCUCGGUCUCAUGAGUCAUGGCUCCUACCCUCACCUCCAAUUCAUUUAUUCUCAGUACUACACCUCGUUCCAGGUUGAGGGUCGGUCUUAAGAACCCUAAAUUCACUAUACUUGCGGAGGCCCAAACAGGAGGAGAAGGAGGAGCCCCCAGUAGAAAGCUCGGAGACUUACUCCAUCUUCUCAAUCUGGAAAAGAUCCCCGAUGUCAAGUCUCUGGUGCCAGUGGUUACUCAGCCAGCUACGGCUCUCUCUUUUGUUAACAGGGGACGAAAGGAUCCUGGUACUGUCUACGUUGCAGGUGCGACAGGUCAAGCCGGUGUUCGUAUCGCCCAAACCCUCCUCCGCCAAGGCUUCACUGUUAGGGCCGGCGUGCCGGAGCUCGCUGCUGCCCAAGACUUAGCUCGUCUUGCUUCACAGUACCAGAUCAUAUCUCCACAAGAAUCAAGGCGGUUAAACGCCGUCCAAUCCACCUUCGAAGACGCAGAAAUCAUCGCCAAGGCGAUAGGCAACGCCAGCAAAGUGGUGGUGACGAUCGGACCAACAGAGAACGGGCCGGCGAAGGAGGUGACGACGUCCGACGCCUUGCAGGUCAUACGUGGAGCCCAGUUGGCAGGAGUUGGCCAUGUGGCCAUAGUAUACGAUGGUAGAUCGAUAUCAGGGCCGUCGUCCACUUACAACGUUCUUGACGGCAUCUCGUCCUUCUUCGGCAACCUCUUCUCCCCCCAAUCGCAGCCAUUGACGGUGGCGGAGUUCUUGGAGGAGGUGGUUCAGACGGACGUCGCCUAUACCCUCAUCAAGACUAGCCUCACAGAGGAUUUCUCCCCUGAGAGUUCCUACAAUGUCGUCGUCUCACCCGAAGGGAUCUCCGGCACCAACGACCUCAAAGUAGCAAAGUCGCAGAUAGCAUCGCUCAUAGCCGAUGUAUUAUCCAAUACGGCCAUGGCGGAAAAUAAGGUGGUUCAAGUUUCUACGGAUCCGUCAGCGCCACGGAAGCCCAUAGAUGAGCUGUUGAGUGCGAUCCCAGAGGAUGGAAGAAGGAAGGCGUAUGCAGAAGCGCUGGCAAAGGCCAAGGCAGAGGAAGAUGCAGUAUUGGCGAGUGAAAGGGCACGAGAAGCAGCUGAGGCUGCGAAGAAGCUGGAAGAUGAAGUGGAAAAGUUGUCGAAGCAGGAAGCAAUUGCGGCAAGGCUUGCGGAAGAAGCACGACAGAAAGCAGAGGUUGCAGGUACUUCUGUGGAGACCCUUUUGAAAACGGCAAAGGAUAUUGGUUCUGGGUUGUCCUGGCAAAAGCUGAGUUCCCAGAUCUCCUCGACCAUUCAGAAGAAGCCUGAUGAGGAUGAAACUGAGCAGAAGCCGAAAGUGCAAAUCGCCACCAUUAGGGGACAGGCCAAAGCUCGGACCUUGCCUUCUCAGAAGGCGGUCCUCAAACAAAGAACCUCUAAACCACCACCCACAUUAAAACCCAAGGUUGAGACAACGGCCGAAACGAAGCCGGAGGUGAGGAAGGUCUUUGGUGGGCUGUUUCAGCAAGAGACCAUCUACAUGGAUGAUUGAGAUUUUUCCUCCCUCCCCCUCUCUCUCUCUCUCUCUCUCUCUCUCUCUCUCUCCCCCCCCCCCCCUCCUGUGAGAAAUAGAAAUUCAGUACCAUGGAAAGGCAUCAUAACUCAGUCACAAUGAAUACAAUC